CUGUCUCUGCAUAUAGAGGUGGAUGCUCUUACAAAGGAGAUGGAGGACUUUGAAUUAAAGAAAGCUGCUGCCCGUGCUGUGACAGGAGUGCUGGCCUCCCAUCCCAACAGCACUGAUGUGCACAUCAUUAACCUCUCGCUGACCUUCCACGGCCAGGAGCUGCUGAGUGACACAAAACUCGAGCUGAACUCUGGAAGGCGCUACGGCCUGAUUGGACUCAAUGGGAUUGGGAAAUCCAUGCUUUUGUCAGCUAUUGGGAAACGAGAAGUGCCCAUCCCAGAGCAUAUUGACAUCUAUCACCUGACCCGAGAGAUGCCUCCCAGUGACAAGACUCCUCUACACUGUGUGAUGGAGGUGGAUACAGAGAGGGCCAUGUUAGAACGAGAGGCGGAACGUCUGGCUCAUGAAGAUGCGGAGUGUGAAAAACUCUUGGAGUUAUAUGAACGUCUGGAGGAGCUGGAUGCUGACAAGGCAGAAGCACGGGCCUCACGUAUCCUUCAUGGCUUGGGGUUCACGCCAGCCAUGCAGAGGAAGAAGCUGAAGGACUUUAGUGGUGGCUGGCGAAUGAGGGUGGCUCUUGCUAGAGCUCUCUUCAUUCGGCCUUUCAUGCUGCUGCUAGAUGAGCCCACAAACCACCUUGACCUGGAUGCCUGUGUGUGGUUGGAGGAAGAGCUGAAAAC